AUGUUGUACUGGACUGUACUGCCUGAUUGGAAAGUAUUGUUGUUGGUGACUCUUCUAUGGGACUGCUGCUUCUGUGCGGAGGAACUGAAGCCCACAAGAUGGCCACUGUAUCCCCAAAAGCCUCUGGUCCUGGCCUGGAAUGCCCCGACGGAGGACUGCGGCCCGCGGCACGGUAUCCACUUUCAGCUGGAGCAGUUCCAGAUUGUGGCAUCGCCCAACGAGGGCUUUGUUCGCCAGAACCUCACCAUCUUUUACAAGGACCGCCUGGGGUUGUACCCCUACUAUGAUGAGCAUGAUGGUACUUCCAAGAACGGUGGGCUCCCGCAGGUUGCCAGUCUCACUCAGCACCUGGAGAAGAUGCCGGAGGGCAUUCAGUAUUACAUACGUGAACCAGGGGCCAAGGGACUUGCAGUCAUUGACUGGGAGGAAUGGAGACCACUGUGGAUCCGCAACUGGGACGUCAAGGAUGUGUACCGCAGCCGGUCACGCCAGCUGGUGGCCCAGAAGAACCCAGCUUGGCCCGCAGAGCGUGUGGCUAAGGUGGCCCAGCAGGAGUUUGAGAUGUCGGCCCGGAAGUUCAUGCUGGAGACACUGAGGCUGGCCAAGAGCCUGCGGCCCAACCAGCUGUGGGGGUUCUACCUGUUCCCAGACUGCUACAACCAUGACUACCGGAACACUCUGGAGAACUACACAGGCCGCUGUCCUGACGUGGAGGUGGCACGGAAUGAAAUGCUCAAAUGGCUGUGGACUGAGAGUACAGCCCUCUUCCCUUCUGUCUACAUGAGCACAGUGCUACGCUCUUCACCCUCUGGGCGCCAGUUUGUCCGGAACCGGGUGAAGGAGGGGAUGCGUCUGGCGUCAGGGGGAGACGGGCUGGCACGUCCUGUCUUUGUGUACGCCCGGCCCACCUACGCCAACGUAUUGGACCUGCUGACAGAGGUGAGGGGCCGUUUCACUGACAGUCACAUAGUACUACCCAGAAGCACUUAUCCUACCUUUUAAAUAAUAUAUAUUUUUUCAAGUCUUUGUAUGUUUAUUGGAUAGAGACAGGUGGGGGUGAAAGGUAGGAGAGAGAGAUUGAUGAAAGAGCAGUGGAACGGAUUCGAAUUCAUGCUGGCUGCAAAACAUCGUACAUGUGCUGUGGCUUAGAUGGCUAGACCACCCCAGGCCACCUACCUAGAACUUUUGAUAAGACUGUUUACCAUUAGACAGGAAAUCCAUCCUGCAUAUCAUAUUCCAGCUCAAUUCAGUGAGAAAGAAAUCAAGGAGUUGGAAGAAUAAUUUAUGUUAAACAAUAUCUACAGGCUAUAAACCUACACUAAUAGAAUCUUCACCAGGAUUUAAAUGAUGAUGAUGAUUGCGAUUCAGUUAAUGUUGAGGUUUAUGAGUUUUAGUUUCAAACCAUUUAAUCUUAAUUUUUCGGUAUAAUUAUGCUCCAUAUCGGAGUGCAAUACUCCCUCUUUAAUAUCUAUUUUAAUAUCUAUUUUAUCAAUGGGUGUGAUUUAGAACUGCUCUUUUGUGUGUGUCUGUGUUUGUGUGCGUGUGUGUGCUGGUUUGAUUGACCCUGAUUCACAGAUAGAGCUUUCUCUCUACCGCUGACCCUCUGUCCUUAUCUGUGGCCGCAGCCCUUUCCUGCACUAUUAGCAGACACUCCAAUACUACCACUCAUUUUUAUGUGUGUAUGUGUGUGAGCAGGAUGGGUGUUGGACACGUUACUUGCUAACACUCCAUAGUGCAUUUCCUUAGGGGGCAUGAGCAGAUAAGAGGUGGUCACAUGGUCCAUUAUAAACUGGGUGGUUCGAGGCUUGAAUGCUGAUUGGCUGAAAGCCGUGGUAUAUCAGACCGAAUACCAUGGGUAUGACAAAACAUUUAUUUUUACUGCUCUAAUUACGUUGGUAACCAGUUUAUAAUAGCAAUAAGGCACCUCGGGGGUUUGUGAUGGAUGUCCAAUAUACCACGGCUGAGGGCUGUGUCCAGGAACUCCGCGUAUAACAGUAAUCCUUCUACCCCCCCCUCCCCCACCCCCUAUUCAAACAAAAAAAUAUAUAUAUAAAAAAAAAGGGUGGUUGUCCCACUGGCUAUCCUAAGUUGAAUGCACCAAUUUGUAAGUCGCUCUGGAUAAGAGUGUCUGCUAAAUGACUAAAAUGUAAAAUGUUGCAUGCGUAAGAACAGCCCUUAGCCGUGGUAUAUUGGCCAUAUACCACACCCCCUCGGGCCUUAUUGCUUAAGUGGCCUCUCGCCCCCUCUCACCCUUAACAAUACCGAGUGCAUGUAGUUAAUUCUGGUUCUAUUUCCACUGGCUGAUUUGUGCUGACUGUGCACGGUAUGCUUUGGGAUAAAUCUGUACUCCUAUAGGCAAGAUUUUGAAUUAUUUCAUCUUUCUGCAGACGGACCUGGUCUCCACCAUCGGGGAGAGUGUGGCUCUUGGGGCCGCAGGCAUCAUCCUGUGGGGAGACCACGCUUAUGCAGGCAGUAAGGCAAGUGUCCACACAAUGAAAUCGCUACGAAUCACUGAAUGA